AUGCCCGACACUUGCUUCGCCUUGGGCGCGAUCUUCAAGGCGGCUGCGGCGGCGGCCGGUUCCGGCUUCGGCGCCGAGGGAUCGAACUUGAAGUCCGCCCAAAAGCGGCUCGGGGCCUCCUUGACGUCGGGCUCCUUCUCCAUCGGCGCGUCGACCCGCGCCGUCGGCUUGCACAUUGAGAAGUUGAGGGACACGCGGGCACCGAGGCCGCCGCUUGCGACCGGCUUGGCGGAAGCCUUGAUGAACGUCCGGCGCGAGGGCGGGACGAGCUUGAGUCGCUGCGUGCUCGUGGUGCUGUGGCCCCCGGUCAAAAUGUCGAUUGCUGGAAGCGCCGCUUCAUUCACCGUCAAGAUCAUGAAUGCUGGUACUGGCAGGGAUCUGGCAGAGCAGCUGGCGCCGCCGCUGAUCAAGGGGCUGCUCGGCCUGACCGCUUCGGCGGCCGAGCUCGCGGCCGCGACGCAGGCGGAGCAGUCCGUGCAUGCUACAAAGACAUACACUGCUCGUCAGACUGCCCGAUUCUACCCGGGUUGGAGGGACUGGAAGACUGCCUUCGAGCAGGCAGCCGCAGCUCCUCGGCCGCGGACCGACCCGCCCAACACGGGCGGUGCCGGACCUGCCGCGCCAAGGCCGGUCUCGAUUCUCGGAGCCCCGUUUGCUCUCGAGAUGUUUCGCAAGCUGCCUGCCUCUGGGUCAGUGGCCGCUGGUACCGUCGAGGCGGCCGAAGUGCUAGGCCUUUGCGACAAGAUGCCGGCCCUCGGCGCUUCCAUGCUGCCGGAGGCUGUCCGGAUUCAGAGCUUCGCAGUGGCGCUGGAGGCGGCAGCCGGCGAGGCCGCCCACACGUCUCUCCGUGGUGAGAUCUCAGCAAAAGGUCAGCUGACCCUCGCCGAAGCGACGGCCUUCCUCGGGCGGUUCGGCCAGGCCUUCAAAGCGAGCGCGCCGUCGCCUGCGGCGCCCACUACCCCCUACGAAGCGCUCGUCCGCCGCGUCGACGCCGGCGGGCAGUUUGAUGAGUUCAUGGAGAAGACCAUCCCGUUUAUCUGCACCGAUGCAGCCCACCAGCGAGUGGCCGAGGGCGAUCAGGCG